UCCAGCCGCGCGGCAGAGCCGGCGGGCACCGCAGCGCGAGGGGAGCUGCAGCCCGGCCCCAGCAGCAGCGCCUCGGCCCCGGGACGGCGCUGGCCACCCCGCCCGUCCAGGGCGCUCCGAGCUGGACCCCUGAAACGCAGCCGGGGAGCUGGUGAGACCAUCUGGGGAGCCUGUGGGACCAGCAGGAGAUCUUCCAAGCAAGGCCCCAUGGAGAAUGAGACCUUGGCCUUUGGACCCCCUCUGGGCAACAGCAGCGUCAAUCAGACGCUAGGGAAGAUGCCCCAGCACCCCAUGGAGCUGCAGGUGGUGACCAUCCUGCUGGUGCUGCUGAUCUGCGGGGUGGGCAUUGCAGGGAACAUCAUGGUGGUACUGGUGGUGCUGCACACUAAGCACAUGGUGACCCCCACCAACUGCUACCUGGUGAGCCUGGCCGUGGCAGACCUGAUCGUGCUGCUGGCGGCGGGGCUGCCCAACAUAUCGGAGGUGGUGGCCUCGUGGGUGUACGGCUAUGCCGGCUGCCUGUGCAUCACCUACCUGCAGUACCUGGGCAUCAACAUCUCAGCAUGUUCCAUCACCGCCUUCACGGUGGAGCGCUACAUCGCCAUCUGCCACUCCAUCAAAGCGCAGCUGCUCUGCACCGUGGCCCGAGCCAAGCGCAUCAUCGCUUGCGUCUGGCUCUUCACCUCCCUCUACUGCAUGAUGUGGUUCUUCCUGGUGGAUACUGCCCAGGCUACCUUCUCAGACGGGGCACAGGUCAGCUGUGGCUACAGGGUCUCUAGGAACCUAUACCUGCCCAUCUACUUCCUGGACUUCACCAUCUUCUACGUCAUCCCGCUUGGGCUGGCCACUGUCCUGUACGGCCUCAUUGCCCGCAUCCUCUUCAUGAGCCCUCUGCCUGCCACCCCCCAGGACCCCAGCAGGCUCAGCUCCAUGCACCAGGGCAAGCCGCCCAACUCCAGCUCCAUGAAGCUCUCCUGCCAGGGCAACAAGGGGGCUCUGAGCUCCAGGAAACAGGUGACCAAGAUGUUGGCUGUGGUGGUGAUCCUCUUUGCCCUGCUGUGGAUGCCAUAUCGCACAUUGGUGGUGGUGAACUCCUUCCUGGACCCUCCUUACCUCAACAUCUGGUUCCUCCUCUUCUGUAGGAUGUGCAUUUACCUGAAUAGUGCCAUCAACCCAAUCAUUUACAACCUGAUGUCUCAGAAAUUUAGAGCAGCCUUCAAAAAGUUAUGCAAAUGUGAACAGAAAAGGACUGAGAACCCCACCCAAUACAAUGUUCCAGUGUACUAUAGUGUCAUGAAGGACUAUUCCCAUGAGGAGUCCGAUCAUGACGUCACAGAACAAGAAGAUCUAAAUGGUUUCUCUGCAACAGUGAAGAAAAGUAAACUUUACAGAUAAACGUGGUGACCAUGCAACAACACAGACUUUGGGAAGUACGUGGUUGUAUUUUACACUGUCUGGAAUGUCCUCUUGAAAAUUGUUUCUGCCAUAUGCAGAGAGCACACAACAAGAUUAAUUUAAGAGCUCUCUAGGGCAUUUAACAAAAUAGAUUCGUAGAGGGCAAAUUAAUUUGUUUUUCCUGAAUGCUAAUUUAUUCACAAUCAGUAUCGUGUGUUAGAAUUUUGCCAGCAUUUUGCAUGGUCUGUAGUUAAUGUGGUGGUGCAAUUACAUUUCCUGUUAUGCACAAAUAUUUUCAUUUGUUGAGCCUAGUCAGGGCUUGCAUAGGAAACCUAAGAAAAUCCAGGUGCUGCAGGGGGUUGUACAAGCUCUUCAGUAGGAUAUCUUUCCUCUGAACCAAUGCCUCCCAAGCAGUAGUAAGGAGCACUGUGUUGCUGAAGUGUCAUCUUUCUGGUGGGACAUAGAACCGAGACCCAGGCCACUUGAAGUCAUUAAAUGA